GACUGGGAGGGUGCGGUCUGUCGCAGUCGCAUCUGAUCUCGGGUCACUUCCAUUUCCAUCUCAACUGAGACCCGUGCGCCACAGCGCAGCUUUCAAAAAGCCGAGCCGGGCGCCAGAAACCGCUGCGAGGACGCGCACUCUGACCGCGACUCUGCGCAGCCAGGAUCCGCCUGCGGACGAUUCUGAACGCGCUUGCCAAGAUAAACGGAACUUCUCUAUUUAUUCCCCCUGUCUCCGCUUGGACUGAGAGAAAGCGAGUUUAACAGACCCGAGAGGACGACCGACGAGCUGGCACCAACCUCGCCAUCAUCAAAACGCCUGGGGAACCCUACGCCUCCGGUCCUGGGGUGCGCAACAGGAUGGUGAGCGCCAGGUGCCCCGCACUAUCGCCGUCAUAAUAGACCGGUCCUCCUCCCCCUCCGGUGAUCUUGAGUGUGGACAGAAACUGAAAUUAGGGGGAGGAGGUGUGCUAUAGCAUCAAAUUUUUAUCAUCUCUGAUACUCCAUAUUUUUGGAGUGCCCGUUGGCACCGGUUGGUAUGAGACUCUCCAUAGCGGUAGCGCUGCUCACCGGGUGCAUCUUGUCUUUCUCGCCACUGUGUGACAGCUGCGGACCGGGCAGAGGUUAUGGGAAGAGACGGACUCCGAGGAAGCUCACGCCCCUCGCCUAUAAGCAAUUUAGCCCAAACGUCGCCGAAAAGAUGCUGGGAGCGAGUGGGAGAUACGAAGGGAAGAUUACGCGGAGCUCCGAGCGUUUCAAAGAACUAACACCCAACUACAAUCCAGACAUCGACUUCAAGAAUGAGGAGAAGACAGGUGCGGACCGAAUGAUGACGCAGCGUUGUAAGGACAAGCUUAACUCGCUGGCCAUCUCGGUGAUGAACCUGUGGCCUGGCGUACGUCUGCGGGUCACGGAGGGCUGGGACGAGGACGGACAUCAUUCUGAAGAGUCCUUGCAUUACGAGGGCAGAGCGGUUGACAUCACCACCUCAGACCGCGACCGCAGCAAGUACGCCAUGCUGGCCCGCCUUGCUGUGGAGGCCGGGUUCGACUGGGUCUAUUACGAGUCCAAAGGCCACAUUCACUGCAGUGUCAAAUCAGAUAACUCCGUAGCUGUAAAGACAGGGGGGUGUUUCCCUGGGGGGGCUUUGGUGACAACGGAGGACGGGACGCAGAAAUCAAUCCGUCAGCUCAGAUCUGGCGACCGUGUCCUGGCCUCUGCUGGAAGCGAUGGGUCCGGCGACCUCAUCUACAGCGACGUCCUCACCUUCCUGGACCGCAGCCCCAUUACCCAGAAACUCUUUUACGUUAUGAGCACUGAGGACGGAGCCAGUGUCUCUUUAACAGCCGCUCAUUUACUCUUUGUGUGGGUUGGGAACUGCUCCGGAGACGAGCACCCAACGACAGGAGCCCUCCGGACGAUGUACGCCAGCGAUGCUCAUGCGGGGCAGUGCUUGCUGACCUUGGACCAGCGACACAGAGGGGGACUCAGGAGGCGUGUUUCACGCAUCACUCGAGUGGAGGUGCAGGAGGACCAGGGCGCUUACGCACCGCUCACGGCCCAUGGCACUAUGGUGGUGAAUGGAGUAAUGACCUCGUGUUAUGCAGUCGUGAACAGGCAACAGCUGGCUCACUGGGCGUUUGCUCCUCUCCGUCUUUUGUACAAAUGGACCGGGCCGGAUCAUAAUAAUAAGACUGGCUUACACUGGUACUCUCGCGUCCUGCUUAGUGUGGGAUCACUUCUGCUGGACUCAGAACUGGUCCACCCGUGGGCAUUAGAAGGUCAUGAAAGAUGAUGGAUUGAGAGAUAAAGGAGAGGCCAAAGCAAUUUAAAGACAGAGAUUGAAAUGUUUGAAAGCUCAGGGUUCAGGUCUCGGUUUAGCAUUCAUCCAUCAAUAAGUGUCACUGCUAGGUUUGUCAAAACCAUCUCCGUUUGAGUGAUAUUCCUUAAACAUUCCCUGUCGUCCCGUGCCUGGAAGAUUCACAGCACUUGUUGAGCCAAUGUGGCUGGACUUGUCAAACAAACAAAGCAAUGUUUGAUAGCAACACCAUCACGCAGUUACAUGUUGACUCUGAGAUAAGAGAUUACACAUAUCACAUUUGACUGUAAAGUGAACAGAUUACAUACUGACAUCCAGUCAUGCUUUUUACAGGAAUUCUGAGAGACCAAUUAUGUUUUGUGCUUUAUGUUGUAUGUCUAUGACACGAUUCCCGUAAUCCAGCCCCUUCCUUCAUUAGAUUGUCUUGUUCAACUAAUUUAUAAACAUUUUUAUAGUUACUAAUGAUGUCAUUAAGAUAUGAUUAAAGUAUUUAAAAAUC